AGCACUACCCUUUUGGCUUUUGUUGAUAGCAGUGAAGGAAGGAGGGGAAGAAGGUGAAGAAGGUGAGUAGUGAUGGUCUGUGAAAAGAGCAAGAUACUGGUAUUCGGGGCCACAGGGUAUCUGGGUAAAUACAUGGUGAAGGCAAGUGUGUCGAUGGGCCAUCCGACCUACGCCUACGUUCGCCCGGCUAACCCUGAUGCCAAGCCUUCCAAGCUACAGCAGCACCGGGAGUUGGAGUCCCUGGGAGUCACCAUCUUCCAAGGAGAAUUGGAUGAGCAUGAGACGAUGGUAGCAGCACUGAAGCAAGUGGAUGUUGUGAUAUCCACCUUGGCAGUUCCUCAACAUUUAGAACAGUUCAAAAUCAUAGAUGCCAUCAAAAAAGCUGGCAAUAUAAAGAGGUUUGUCCCAUCGGAGUUUGGCAAUGAAGUUGAUAGGGUUUCUGGGCUUCCACCUUUCCAAGCUCUUCUGGAAAACAAAAAGAAGGUAAGAAGAGCGACGGAGGCUGCCGGAAUCCCGUUCACUUAUGUCUCUGCAAACUCAUUCGCUGCAUAUUUUGUGGACUACUUACUCCACCCCCAUGAAAGAACCCAACAUGUUUCCAUUUACGGAAAUGGAGAUGCCAAAGCUGUAUUGAAUUUUGAGGAAGAUGUAGCAGCAUACACCAUAAGAGCUGCAGUAGAUCCAAGAGUAUGCAACAGAGUGAUAAUCUACAGGCCACCGGGAAAUAUUGUUUCUCAGCUUGAUUUGGUAUCUUCUUGGGAGAAAAAGACUGGAACUAAACUCCAAAGGACUCACAUUCCUGAGCAAGACAUAAUCGAGCUGUCUGAGAGCUUACCUUUCCCGGAAAACAUACCUGUGGCUAUCCUUCACAACAUAUUUAUCAAAGGUGAUCAAGUGAGCUUUGAGCUCACCGCCAACGACCUCGAGGCGUCGGCACUGUACCCAGACUACAAGUAUACUCCAGUUGAUAAGCUCCUGGAUUUAUGCUUGGUGAAUCCACCCAAGCCUAAGCGAGCAGCAUUUGCUUAAGUUUUAUGAUCCAAAACUAGUUAAUAUUAUUGUCUUUCGAGGUUGGAAAAUUCCUAAAAUUUAUGCAUAAGAUGCAGUAAGUUUCAAAUUCGAAUUAAAAUGAGCCUUUCGGUUGGAUUUUAGAGCCAAACCCACAACAAUUGGGUUGUGCUCAUUAGUCGAGGUUCAUAUAGUUGGAUAAUGAAAGCACUAUCAUAUUAAUGAAGUGGUCUCAUUUAGUUUGCAGUAUGAAA